UCAAACAACUCUGGUCUUCCUGACUCCAGUGCCUGUGCUCUACCACUGCACCACCUCAUGAACCAUUGCUCUGCUUGCCUAUCAUUUGCCCCACAUUUCACUAAUGAAACUGAUUGUAUUUUAUUUUUCCAAUUAUAUGUAAAGAUAAUUUUUCAAUGUUGAUUUUUGCAAGAUUUUGACUUCCAAAAUUUUUCCUCCUCCCUCCCUUAACUUGCCACUCCCCAAAGCAGCAAGCAAUCUGAUGCCAUUAUACCAUACAAUGGGCCACAAGUAAAAUCAAAUGAGAUGAAUUUGCUGAGUAGUUAACACAAAGCAAGUGCUUAGUAGGUUCUUAAUACGGACCCAUUCUCUUAUGUCACCCUCCCUAUCCCAUCCCAUUCUGUUUUUACUUGUUCUGAGUGUGUAAUCAGCCUCAUCUCUUCAACUAAAAGGGGACUUUCUCAGCUUUAUGUGGUCUUUGCUUCCAGAUGCUUAAUGAAUGUUUUUGUUAAGUGAUUGGAUUUCUAAAAGCUCCAGGAGAGUAAAGAGCUAGGAGUUAAUCCGGUAUUUGUCACUCUGGACAAUUGAUCUAGAAGAAAGAAGCAGUGAAAAGGGGCAGUUUACCACUCAAGUCUUCAGCUCCUACCCUCAAGCCAUUUAAUAUCUUCUGAGAUAGGUGGUUUUUUCCACCCAUUUUACAGAUGAAGAUGUUGAGGCCGAGAGAUCAGGUGACUUUGUGUCUAAAUGUCAAACUCGGUCUUGACCUUGUUCUCAGUCCUUUUCUUCCUUCCCUCCUUAAAAGUCGAAUUGAUUCAUAUUUUCCACUCUUUGUGGUACCUGCUCCUGAAGCUGCUGCUACAUAUUGAACAAGUUUUGUUUCAUGUGAAUUUGAAAAGCAAUUGAGCCGAUUUCUCUACUGGGUAAGUUGUCAAAAGCAAAACGUGUUAAAAGAACCGGAGGAUCUUUGGGUGGAUCUUGGAGGGCGGCGUGUGGAUAGGAAGCGCAUCAGUUUAUGGAGGCGCGAUGCUCGGGGAGAUGAUGGAUUCGUUUUUGUGACCCCUCCCCUAAAACACACACGCACACAUACAUGCGCGUGCGCGCGCCCGCGCACUCUCUCUGUGUCUCUGUCUCUCACUCUGUCUCUGUCUCUCUGUGUGUGUCUCUCUUCUUGCCCCGCGCCCCACCCCCCACUUCAGAGCUGGGCGCUUGUCAUCAGCCCAUUUGACAAGACUUCCUAUGCCAAUGGAAGCCUCCUUUCCCGGGGUGCAGCGCUGUGGAACUAGGCCGGCUCUGUCAGGAAGCGGGGGUUGAGACGCCGGUAGAACUCGUCCACGAUGGGAGCUCGGCGGCUCAGUCUCCCCGCGGGUGCAAUGAAGGGGUUGGGCUUCCAGCUCGGACACUCACGGAUCGGACCCGCCCCUCCUGGGCCCCGCCUCUUCCCCGCCCCUCGCUGGGACCCGGAUGGGCGCGGAACGCUCUUUCAGCGGCUCCAGACGGCGCCGGACUUUGUUGCGUGCCACUCUCCCCGGCAGGUUCCGCCGCUCGCUGUCCUCCCAGCGCGCAUGCGCCAGCCGCGCUCCGCCGCUCCCGCCCCCGCCGCCCCUCCAGCCGCUGCCGCUGCCGGCUCCGGGCCCGGGAUGUCGGCUCUGUGUGAUCCCUCCGGGCCUCCGGCCCCACCCGCACCCGCCGCCCACGGGCCCGCGUCCCCGCUCAGUGCCCAGGAGCUGGCUCAGGAGAUCAAGGCCUUCCUGACCGGCGUCGACCCCGUCCUGGGCCACCAGCUCUCGACGCGGGACCACGCGCGCUGCGGCCUCCUGCUGCUCCGCUCCCUGCCCCCUGCCCGGGCCGCCGUCCUAGACCACCUGAGAGGCGUCUUCGACGAGAGCGUGCGCACGCACCUGGCCACUCUGGACGACGUUGCCAGCACGGGCCCGCAGCACCUGCGCCCACCGCUCCCGUCCCACGUUCCUUCAGGGGGUCCCGGCCUGGAGGAUGUCAUCCAGGAGGUGCAGCAGGUGCUCUCGGAGUUCAUCCGGGCCAAUCCCAAGGCCUGGGCCCCGGUGGUCAGCGCCUGGUCCAUUGACCUGAUGGGACAGCUCAGCAGCAAGUACUCGGGGCGGCACCAGCGGGUGCCUCACGCCGCCGGCUCCCUGAACGAACUGCUGCAGCUGUGGAUGGGCUGCCGCGCCACCCGCACCCUGAUGGACAUUUACGUGCAGUGCCUGUCGGCCCUCAUCGGGAGCUGUCCCGACGCCUGCGUGGACGCCCUCUUGGACACGUCGGUCCAGCACUCGCCGCAUUUUGACUGGGUCGUGGCCCACAUCGGCUCCUCUUUCCCCGGCACCAUCAUCUCUCGGGUGCUGUCUUGUGGACUCAAGGAUUUCUGUGUCCACGGUGGGGCUGGCGGGGGAGGCGGGGGAGCGGGCGGUCCCCCUCCGACCCCUUCGGCGGAUGCCUUCCCCUCAACCCCAGCCAUCCCUGGAGAAAAGCGCGUGCCCAAGAUUGCUUCUGUCGUAGGGAUCUUGGGGCAUCUGGCCUCUCGCCACGGGGACAGCAUCCGCCGCGAGCUCCUCCGGAUGUUCCACGAGAGCUUGGCCGCAGGCUCUGGGGUGCGUGGAAGCGACCCCUCCCUUCAGGCUACGGUGCCCUUCUUGCUGCAGCUGGCGGUCAUGUCGCCAGCCCUGCUGGGCACCGUCUCUGGGGAGCUGGUGGACUGCCUAAAGCCCCCGUCGGUCCUGAGCCAGCUUCAGCAGCACCUGCAGGUCUUUAGCCGAGAGGAGCUGGACAACAUGCUGAGCCUCGCAGUCCACCUGGUCAGCCAGGCCUCCGGGGCUGGGGCCUACCGCCUCCUCCAGUUCUUGGUGGACACGGCCAUGCCGGCUUCCGUCAUCACGCCCCCCGGCCUGGCCGUGCCCGAUGCUGUCCGUGAGGCCUGUGACCGGCUCAUCCAGUUGCUGCUGCUGCACUUACAGAAGCUCGUGCACAAUCGGGGAGGGUCCCCCGGGGACGGGCUGCUGGGUCCUCCUCCCCCACCCCGCCCAGUGCCCUUCCUCGAUGCCCUGCGGAGCCACGUCGGAGAGCUGUGCGGGGAGACCUUGAGGCUGGAGCGGAAGCGCUUCCUUUGGCAGCACCAGCUCCUGGGCCUGCUGUCCGUCUAUACCCGGCCCAGUUGCGGACCAGAAGCCUUGGGCCAUCUCUUGAGCCGGGCCCGAACGCCGGAAGAGUUGAGCCUGGCCACGCAGCUUUUUGCCGGGCUGGUGGUCAGUCUCUCGGGCUUGCUGCCCUUGACCUUGUGCAGUUGUCUGGCGCGCGUCCACGCGGGGACGCUGCUCCCCCCCUUCACGGCCAGGCUUCUCCGCAACCUGACUCUGCUGGUGGGGUGGGAGCAGCAGGGUGGGGAGGGGCCCACCGCCCUGGGGGCCCGUGUCGGCGAGGCCGUCUCUGCCCAGCUUCCGGACCUGGCCCCCCUCCUGCUGCACCCGGAAGAGGAGGUCGCCGAAGCAGCUUCGUCCCUGCUGGCCAUCUGCCCCUUCCCUCAGGGAGCCCUGCUCCCUGCCCAGCUCCUGAGCUUGGUGAGGGCCGGCGUGUCCCGAUUCUUUGCCUCCCUGAGGCUCCACGGGCCCCCGGGCGUCUCCUCGGCUUCCCAGCUGCUCAUACGGCUCUCCCAGGCCUCCUCGGCCGGCCUCAAAGCCGUCCUCCAGCUUCUGGUAGAGGGAGCUUUGCAUCGCGGCAACGCCGAGCUGUUCGGGGGGGAAGGGGAAGGGGGAAACGAGAACGCGUCGGCCACGGCCUCCGGCUCGGCCUCCGCUUACCUGCUGGAGACCAACAGGCGGCACACGGCGGCCGUGCCGGGCCCCGGAGGCGUCUGGUCCGUGUUUCACGCCGGAGUGAUCGGCCGCGGCCUGAAACCCCCGAGGUCGGCCCAGUCCCGGAGCGCCCAGGAAGUGAUCUACAACACCCAGAGCCUGCUCCGCCUUCUGGUGCACUGCUGCGGCGUCUCGAGCGGGCCGGCGGCCGGCGACCGCUGGGCGGCCCCGGCGCUGAGCCCCGAGGCGGCCAAAGCCGUGGCCGUGACCUUGGUGGAGAGCGUGUGCCCGGACGCCGCCGGGGCGGAGCUGACCUGGCCCCCCGAGGACCACGCCAGAACCACGGUCGAGCGGGAUCUGCGCAUCGGCCGCCGGUUCCGGGAGCACCCGCUGCUCUUCGAGCUGCUGAAGCUGGUGGCGGCGGCGCCGCCGGCCCUGUGCUACUGCUCGGUGCUGCUGCGGGGGCUCCUGGCCGCCCUCCUGGGGCACUGGGAGGCCUCCCGCCACCUGGACACCUCGCAGUCCCCCUGGCAGCUGGAGGCCUCCUGUACUCUGGUGGCCGUCAUGGCCGAGGGCAGCCUGCUGCCGCCCACGCUGGGCAACAUGCACGAGGUCUUCGGGCAGCUGGCGCCCUUCGAGGUGCGGCUGCUGCUGCUCAGCGUCUGGGGCUUCCUCCGCGAGCACGGGCCGCUGCCCCAGAAGUUCGCUUUCCAGCCGGACAGGGGCCGCUUCGCCCGGGACUUCUCUCGGGAGGGCGGCGGCGCCGGGGGCCCCCACCUGGCCGUGCUGCACAGCGUCCUGCACAGGAACAUUGACCGCCUCGGCCUCUUCUCGGGCCGCUUCCAGGCCUGGCCCCCCUCGGCCCCGGGCCCCCCGCAGAGGCCGGCCCCCUGAGCCGCCCCCGGCCUGGCCCUGGGGGGGAGGGCCCGCGGCCGGCGCGCCCCGCCCCCGCCUCCGAGCCUGCGCUCUCCCCUCCGCCGGUUCCCCCCCCCCCCCCCCCAAAUAAAGGUUGCCCAGUUUGCAAUGAG